GCUGUGCCGAACGCUGCCCACCGCUGCGCCUUAUCGACUGUGAUAACGCCUUGAGUCUGGCACCGCACCGGACCCGCCCGACUGACCCAUCCAUGCGGUUUUGCUCUUGCUCCGUGCCGCGCGGUAAAGACUGGCGGGUGGGGGACACCGAGCGCCAAAUUGUCGGACAUUUGAAAACGUGCUCUAACGUUGCCUUCUUUUUCUUCUGUUUACAGACUCCCGUAAUGAUGGGACUGCACGCGACUGCCACCAAGCGGAAGCUGGAGGACGGUGGCGGGGGUGGCGCCGACGCUGAAGACGGUGACUGGAUGCUCCGCCCGCAGGCCAAGGUGGGCCGCACUGACACCGGCUCCGUGAGCGACGACUGGGGCGUGGACUCGACAUCGGCCGCCCUGGCCACGUCACUGCUGUCGGAUGCUGGAGACGACAGCGACGAGGACGACGAGGAGGAUGAUGUGGAGGAGGGCGACGAGGCCUACCUCCCCGCGGGCCGUGGCUACCAGAUGGGCUACACUACUGUCUCGGCGCCGCAGUACGACCAGGGCUACCCCUACCGAGGGGGUGGAGGCUACCACCGGGGCUACUGGGGCCCUCCCGGCCAGCCCGGCCAGCCUGGCCAGCAGCCUGGUCCUAACGGGCCGCCGCAACCCUCUCCCCCGGCCCCGGCGGGCUACUACCGCCAGGACGUGGUGCCCCCCGUGCCGGUGGCCAGCGCUGUGCCGAGUGUUGUCCCCAACGCGGUGCAGCCGCCGCCAGCGCAGACGCCGCCACCUCAGCGGGCGCCUGCCAGCCACCAGCAGACGAUCCGCUGUGAGGAGAACGGCAAGUCCUACUUGGACUUGGGCAGCAGUUACCCGGUGACAACGAGUGUCAGCAGCGGUGCCAACCAGGUUGUGAAGUGUUGUGAUGGCAGUCGGACUAGUUGGUGCUCGAGAGGGCCGGGUCCCGGAGCUCCGGGCUCGUGCUAUCGCCAGCGGCGCUUAGCCGUGCUCAACCUGUCCAUGUGCAAGCUGGGUCGCUACCGUCAGUUCUCGGACCCCUCCCUGCGCCGUUCCGUGCUCAUCUGCAACACGCUGCGGCUGCUCGAGCGAGAGAUGGAGCAGGAUGGUUGCUUCUUCAACUCCCCUGCGCAGCACGCGGCAAGGGAGCCUUGCGGGCCGUGCCCCACGGGCCCUGCCCCCGCCGCCCCCCUGCCCGUGCAC